AUGUCGAACGAAUCCUCCAAGAAGCAGUCCUCAAAGAAGGCGUUGUUCGACCCUGUGUCUUUCGCGAAGGACCUGCUGGCCGGCGGGGUCGCGGCCGCCGUGUCGAAGACAGCCGUGGCACCCAUCGAGCGAGUGAAGCUGCUGCUGCAGGUGCAGGCUUCCUCCAAGCAGAUAAGCCCCGAGGCGCGCUACAAGGGCAUGAUCGACUGCCUGGUGCGCAUCCCUCGUGAGCAAGGAUUUUUAAGUUAUUGGCGUGGCAAUUUGGCAAAUGUUAUUCGAUACUUUCCAACACAAGCCUUAAACUUCGCUUUUAAGGACAAAUACAAACAACUUUUCAUGUCUGGUGUUAACAAAGAAAAACAGUUCUGGAGGUGGUUUCUAGCAAAUCUGGCUUCUGGAGGGGCUGCCGGAGCAACAUCCUUGUGUGUGGUAUAUCCACUAGAUUUUGCCAGAACACGAUUAGGUGUUGAUAUUGGAAAAGGUCCUGAGCAACGGCAGUUCACGGGUUUGGGUGACUGCAUUAUGAAAAUAGCCAGGUCAGAUGGGAUUAUUGGCCUAUACCAAGGGUUUGGUGUCUCCGUUCAGGGUAUCAUUGUUUACCGAGCCUCUUAUUUUGGAGCUUAUGACACUGUUAAGGGCUUAUUGCCAAAGCCAAAGGAAACCCCAUUUCUUGUCUCUUUUAUCAUUGCUCAAAUCGUGACUACCUGUUCUGGAAUACUCUCCUAUCCCUUUGACACAGUUAGAAGACGUAUGAUGAUGCAGAGUGGGGAAUCUGAACGGCAAUAUAAAGGAACCAUAGACUGCUUUCUGAAAAUAUACAAUCAUGAAGGAAUUGCUGCAUUCUUCCGUGGUGCAUUCUCCAACAUCCUUCGUGGUACAGGGGGUGCUUUGGUCUUGGUGUUAUAUGAUAAAAUCAAAGAGUUCCUCAACAUUGAUGUUGGAGGUAGUUCAUCAGGAGAUUAAAUUUGGAAAUGCAUAUUUCUAAUGUAAAAUACAUAAAAAUUACAUAGCUGCCAUUUGUAUAUAUUUUGAUAGUGUGUUA